CGUGCCACGUGUCACCUUAGCGAAUAAAGUAGCCGCGCCUCCUUUCCACCGCUUCCUUCUCUCUCGGUCGCUCCCGCAAAAACCCUAGAGACCUCGCGCCUAGCCGCCGCCCCCGCCUCCACGCCGGCCGCUGCCCUUCUUCCUCUCGGUGAACCUGUAUUGCAAAGUGUCAGGGGCAAAGGCGAUGGGGGCGGAGCAGCGGCGCGACGACAUGGAGACGGCGGCGGAUUCCAUCAGCGACACCGCGGCCUUCCGGAUGGUCGAGCACGUGCUCCAGUCUGUGAGCAUGGAUCCAUUUCUAGUUGACCCAAGUGACAGAGAGCAAUACGAUAUCUUGCUGAACAUUCUAGAUGCUGUCAAGAAAAGGAGUCUAGAUGAUGAGGCUUUGCUUGUGACGACCCUGAAGGCAUUAUCGGAAGCAGUAUCCAAAAUAGACAUGAUGUACCAUUAUAUACUUUUGAACAAUAUAUUUGGCAUGUGCAUUUGGUUCUUCCAAAGGGAUACAAGGGAUGCUUAUUUGGAUUUAAUCACCAGAUUGGCUGCCGUGGCAGAUAAGUAUCUCAGAGAAUGUUUGCAGGUGGUUGUGAACAACUUUACUCCGCCUGGACCACUUGUUCCAUACAUGGAGCAGCCAAGAUGGAUUGCAAGGAAGAAGGAAAUUUAUUUCCAAUUGCACGAGUGUUUGAAAACAAUCUCUGAUACUGUACCUUUAGCACCAAGGAUGUUAAAGGAUAUAAUAGAUAGGAGUAUGCCGAAGUUAUUUGAUAACAAAGCUAAGAUGGUCUCAUUUGUCGAGUGCAUGAUGGGGCUUGAUACUGACCGAAUGGGGGACCUUAUUGGAGCUCUAUUGCUGGCGAAAGUUGUUGAUUUACUUACGGAACUGGAUGUUAAUAUAACCUUGGAAGAUAUUAAUCAAGAGGAACAUAACAAAGGUAUAUUUGAUAUGGAGCUUGAAGAUUUGGAUGAGGAUGAGGAUGGCUUUGGACAAGAAGGAACAAAAGUCCUUCUUGGAGGAAAUGCAUGCGCCGAAAAGCUUGAUGGUUUAAUGGUUGUUGUCUGCGAGCAUCUUAAGUCAUGUGCAGAGCAUGGUUAUCUAACUAAGGAAUUUGACACUCUGAAAACAAUCUUUCGAGCCUCUCUGCUGAGGGUGCACAAAUCUAAAUUUGCUCAGUUUAUCAUGUUUUAUGCCUGCUCACUCGAUCCUGAAAUCUGCGGUCUUGAAUUUGCUAUUUUUCUUACCGACACUUUUACUAAGAAGGAAGAGGAUCCAAUUUCUAGAAUGUCUGCAGUUUCGUAUGUUGGAAGCUAUUUGUCCCGGGCAAGGUUUAUUUCUGCUGAUACGGUUGUUGGUAUACUCAAAAGAUUAGUUGAAUGGUGCGUUGAAUAUUGCGACCUUCAAAACAAAAGAGGGACCAUAGCCAAACCAAAUCAUCAAAUAUUUUAUGCCACCUGUCAGGCUGUGAUGUAUGUCCUUUGCUUCCGCUUGAGAUCUAUCAUGGAUUACCCAAAUCUUAAAUCAGAGCUUUUUCACAUGCCUUUUGGAUUUCUCUUGACCCACCCACUGGAACCUCUAAAGGUGUGCUUGCCUUCAAUAGUAAACGAGUUCCUUAGACAAGCCAAGCCUGCCGGGUUGUUCACUGCAUUUGUGGAUCCAGCAUUUGAAGAUGCAAUUGAAUCUGAUUUGUCCAGGACGUUUGGAGGAGUCAAUAGACUUGACGUGUUCUUCCCGUUUGAUCCUUAUUUGCUAAAAGAAUCAGACAGAUAUAUACGUCCAAAUUUUGAGUACUGGUCCAUGGUCAAGACAACAUACAGCAAUGACAACGGUGAUGAUGAUGAUGAUGAGCUUGGGGACAUUGAUGCUCCUGGAACGAAUGUGGGCAGCUUGGAUGAUGACGUUGAAAUAGAUAUGAACAGUGAUGAUGGCUUGGAAUACUCGAUGAAUAAGAUGUCUAUAACUCCACAUCGCCCUUUCUACCAUCCAAUGGCCACAAACGGUGACUCUGGCCUUAGCAUGCCUGCAAGGAUCAGACCUUCAGUGAGCCCUCCAUCAUAGUGGGCCACUUUGGGAUCAUGAUAUCAGAAAACUUAUCUUUACUCCAUUGAAGAAACAGCCAGAUACUUGAAGUUGCAGCUGGGCCAACAUGUACAAGGGUAUGACUAUCAAUCUGAUACUGGGAGCUUUGUUUCGUAGUUUGUAGGGUCAAACAACCCAUUCGUUGCAAUGUAUCCCGCCUAAACAGGUCCGUUUAUGGGUUAAAAUGUAAAGUAGAGAUUUGUCUUGAGAAAACCGUCUUCAGUGUUAACGAGAUGAUAAACUAGGCAUGUACGUACAUCUCCGAGAUGUAUUAGUAAGACAAUGAAUGUCCUGAUGUAGAAUGGUUUAUCAACAGGUUCAUCCUGGGAACAGCAGCGGGGUGGCAGGUCGUGUUGAAUGUUGUUGUUGGCUGUGGAUGUAAAGACUGUAAAACAUGUCGUGUACAGCCGGUUCGUGCGUGCUGUGUGCUGUUCGAACCUGGAUUACAGUCGGUUUCAUUUCAUCCAAAAGUGUAGUCAUCAAUUCAAGACGUUA